AGAUAUCCGGAAGCUGAACUCUCAUGCUGUGUUUGCCAGACGCACAGGGAUGGUGAUUCUGGGAGGAGGGCUGAUCAAGCAUCACAUCUGCAACGCUAACCUCAUGCGGAACGGCGCUGACUUCGCGGUCUUCGUGAACACGGGGCAGGAGUUCGACGGCUCUGACUCGGGGGCGCGGCCGGACGAAGCCGUGUCCUGGGGCAAGAUCCGCGCCGACGCCACACCUGUCAAGGUCUAUGCAGAUGCUGCUCUGGUGUUCCCCCUGCUGGUUGCUGAGACAUUCGCACGACAUGCCGAAGCACUCACAGCACAGAACAAGAAGGACUGAGACCCUCCUCUCUCCCUCCCUCCCCUCCCCUCUCCUCUCUCCCACCUUCCCCUCCCCUCUCCUCUCUCCCUCCCUCCCCUCAUCUCUCUCCUCCUUCCCUCACUCUAUCCAUCCCUCCCCUCCCUCACUCACAGCACAGAACAAGGACUGAGACCCUCCUCCCUCCCUCCCCUCAUCUCUCUCCACCUUCCCUCACUCUAUCCAUCCCUCCCCUCCCUCACUCACAGCACAGAACAAGGACUGAGACCCUCCUCCCUCCCUCCCUCCCUCCCUCCCUCCCUCCCUCACAGGACUUGGGUUGUCUGUUGACUGAACCCCAGGCUUGGCAGACACUCUUGGGGGUACAGCGUUCCUGUGUCGGGGUGCGUGUCUGCACACACAGAGAGGCUGGCACAGCACAUGCUGCGUCCGUGAGCCUCGAUGCUCAGUCUUAACUCCUAACCUGACUGAGCUUCACGCUUGCUUUAGCUGCUGAUUGAAAUACAAUAAAGGGUGAAAGAAAAGUGCAUUGAAUUCCUCCUUCUGUCUUUUCCUGUAAUGAUUUCGAUUCUAUAAAAAGGACUUCUGAAGAGCAGAGGGUUGAGAUCAGAGAAUCAAACAGAGUCUGUCACAGUAAGGAGCCGUCCAAACACGCGGCAGGCAUGUUUCACAUGUCAGUCAAUCAAUCUUUAUUUUAUAUAGCGCCUUUCAGAGUGGACCACCAUCGCUUUACAAGACAGAACACAUGCAGCGUCACGCACGCACGCACGCACAGAGAGAGAGAGAGAGCCAACAGAUGUGCAGCGCCUUGUAGAAUAAAGUGGAAUGAAAGCUGCUGAAUAAUGUCACGUUAGCAUAUUGAAUUGCACACCGCUUUGGAGUUUCCCAGAUACUUCACGAGAAACUGACAAAAAAAAUGAAACACUACGGUACUGCUAUUAUGGCUUCCGGUUGACUUUUUGCGGUUUCAUUGUGAGGUUUCAUUGAUGACAUGAUGUUAAAUAAAAGAUCUAAAUUAUGUUCAUGUAGUUUUUAUUAUAUUAUGUCUGAAUCCUAGGUGAUGCAAAAGUUUUGUCAAUAUAACAUAUAUAAUUAUACUAGGGGCAGCAGAGACGGAUUUUAAUCGACCCGACGCGUCCUGGAUACGAAGCGGCGCUGCUGCGUGUCGGUGUGCCGGCGCGCUACCGCUCGGCUAUCCUGCAGGCUGGAUGCGAAGCCGCGGUGGUGGUCCGGGUGUAAGGCUGUGUGAUUUAUCUGAACACUUGAAAGCGAUGUGUUUAUUAUUAUUAUUACUAGGAUGAUGAUGAAUCCCAGGAUUGUUCUGCGGACUCGCAGAAGUAUCUCUUUGCUUUAUCCUUUCUGCUUCACAACCCCCGCGCCAGCACAGUAAGACAGUAAGCCUGUUUCUAUAGCAGGCUGUUUAAUCAAAAGAGAUCUGGAGGAUUUCUAAAAAAAAUAAUGUAUGUAGCCAUUUCAUAAAGGAAAAUAAUAAUAAUAAUGAGAGAAGGCGUUUCAAUAAAACGUCAUGGUAAUGAAAGCCGCGCUGUGAACUCGAGACGCAGUGAAACACGGUCGAGGAUGAGGAGAGAGCCGGAUCCGCUGAGCCGCGAGUGCAGACCGGCAGACAGCAACGCCAUCCUCUCUGGACUGCUGUGGAGAGCCGGAGCGCGGCCACUCACCCGGCUUGUGUAGGGAGAUUUAACAAACACAAGACAAAAAACAGCCGCAGCAUGAAUUCAGGAUGUGUGAUUGUUCAAAUUGAAAAGCUGUUCGGAUGCAAUUCCAAACGCGCCACCCGGGACAUUGAAACGAGUUCAAAGCCGCUCUGGCGCUUGUCGGCGCGGUUGGCUUAGCGGACUGAGCACAGCUUCCCGUGCUUUGCCUGGAGCUGCAGUCCGCUCAGCCUCACCUCUCUGUCGCGGGUUCGAGUCCAGCAUUCUGUUCCAAUACCCGCGGCAGACAGGCGUGAGUUUCUCGGGCUUCGUUCUCUACCGCGUCGGCGUUUUGGGGUAUCGUCGUUUUUAGGCGAUACCCCAAAACAGUUCAAAGGGGUAGGUUCAUUUAACAUGACAUAGCUAAUUGUAAAAGCGGGGCCCUUUUACCUCUGGAAAGGAAAACCCCAAACCAUCCCGAAGCGGCGUGUUCCGUAACCACGCCCUCAGGUGUGUCGCAGGUGACCACGCCCCUCCCAAGUACACCUCCACAGGUGACCACGCCCCUCCCAAGUACACCUCCACAGGUGACCACGCCCCCUCCCAAGUACACCUCCACAGGUGACCACGCCCCGCGCAGGUAGAUCGGAAAGAUGGCGGCCGGGGUAACACGGUAAAAUCCCAGAUUCCCUGUUUCUUCUGGUGUGCAGCCUUGGCGUGAUUCACACACACGAGGAGAAUGAUUCCGAGUCUCGGAACGAGAGCCGCUGUGUUUGCUGAAGUCUGGCGCGAUCGGAUUGUGGAGCCUCCAGUGACGUCACGGUGAAGCCCGGUGACGGAGCCAGCAGGGUGAGACUGUGCUUCCCGUGGAGACGCGACCCUCCCGGCAGCAGCAGCGCAUUGAAUCGCUCGCUGCUGUUUCUGCAAGUCGCUUGUGGUUCUUUCAGCAGGACUGUCGUUGUGUGAACGUGUUCUUGUGGUUGAUUCCGCUGCAGUGCCCGUGUUUGCUGUUCAUUGUGUUUUUUGAUACUCUCUGUUAUUGGAUUCUGUCCUGCAUGUUAUUAAAGUUCACCCCCUGUGUA